AUGGAGAACGGUAAAGAGGUUGCAUUAGAUGGAAACAGGACAAAUCAGAAAGGGACUUUGCUUCCUGUAAGUAUGCCAAAAAAGAAAGGGACUUUCCUUGAGAGGCUGCUUCAGUUACUAACGUUGUUUUUGGGAUUCUGCUUUAUUUUCUCUGUCGUAAGCGUAUACAUGAUUAGGCAUUAUGGAGCUAAUAAUAGCUUAGUUGCUAACUUAUAUCCUAGUUUACAGCCUUGUGCUGAUGAAAAUCCAAGUUUAGAUCGUUGGAUUAAGCCCCCUUCCAAUUUGUUGCAUUCAAUGUCUGAUCAAGAAUUGUUUUGGAGGGCAACAAUGGCACCCAGAAUCAAGAAAUAUCCUUUCGACCGGGUUCCCAAGAUCGCAUUUAUGUUCUUGACUAAGGGGCCAAUGCCAUUAGCUCCUCUUUGGGAGAGAUUUUUCAAGGGACAUGAUGGAUUUUAUUCAAUAUAUGUUCAUUCAUUGCCCUCAUUUCAGGCAGAUUACCCUAAGACAUCGGUUUUCUACAGGCGGCAAGUUCCUAGUCAGAUGACAGAAUGGGGCGAGAUUAGUCUGUGUGAUGCGGAGAAAAGACUUCUAUCAAACGCACUACUAGAUAUCAACAAUGAAUGGUUUGUUCUGCUAUCUGAGUCAUGUAUACCACUCUAUAAUUUCAGUCUCGUCUACAAAUACAUAAGCAAAUCAAGACACAGCUUCGUUAGUGUAUUUGAUGAUCCUGGUCCAGAUGGGAGAGGUCGCUAUAAUUCGAGGAUGGCGCCAGAAGUUAACAUUACCGAGUGGCAAAAGGGAUCACAAUGGUUUGAAGUAAACAGAAAGCUCGCGAUUUCUAUUGUCGCAGAUACCAAAUUUUAUGCAAAAUUCGCGGAGUUUUGUAGACAGCCAUGCUAUGGAGAUGAACAUUAUAUCCCAACCAUGCUGACAAUUCAAGCAGCUGACCAACUGGCAAAUAGAAGCAUUACUUGGGUGGACUGGUCCAAAAGAGGUGAAGCUCAUCCUGCUACUUUUGGAGCUGCAGAUGUCACUGAACAGUUGAUGAAGGGAUUUCUUGAGAAUCAAAACUGUACAUACAACGAUGAACCUUCUUCGAUUUGUUAUCUUUUUGCUCGAAAAUUUACUCCUCCCACGUUGGAACCUCUAUUAUUGUUGGCGCCUAAGUACCUGGGAUAUUAA